CUUGCGUUUCGCUUCGCUACAAAACCCCCCACCUCCUCCUCCUCCUCCUCCUCCCCUUUCCUCUCUUCCUCAUCCGCUCUCUCUCUCUCUCGUCGUCGACCGCCGCCGUCUGUCGCCGGAGUGGGGGCCAUGGCCCCUGUGAAGGCUGAGGAGCUGGUGGCGUUCGUCCCCAAGGAGCAGUACGACGGCGUCGACUACUGCAUCACCAGCCCGCCGCCAUGGCUGACGGCGGUGCUGUUGGCGUUCCAGCACUACCUCGUCAUGCUCGGCACCACCGUCAUCGUCGCCACCAUCCUCGUGCCCCUCAUGGGCGGCGGCCAUGUGGAGAAGGCGAUCGUGGUGCAGACCAUCCUGUUCCUCGCCGGGAUCAACACGCUGCUGCAGGUGCACCUCGGGACGCGGCUCCCCGCCGUCAUGGGCGCCUCCUACGCCUACAUCUACCCGGCCGUCGCCAUCAUCCUAAGCCCUCGCUUCGCCAUCGUCGUCGACCCCUUCGAGAGGUUCGUGUACACGAUGAGGUCGCUGCAGGGCGCGCUGAUCAUCGCCGGCGUCGUCCAGGCCAUCAUCGGGUUCUUCGGAAUCUGGAGGAUCUUCAUAAGGUUCCUGAGCCCACUCGCGGCGGUUCCGUUCGUGACGCUGUCCGCGCUCGGCCUCUUCUACUUCGCCUUCCCCGGAGUCGCCAAGUGCAUCGAGGUCGGCCUCCCGGCGCUCAUCCUGCUCCUGCUCUUCACCGAGUACGCGGCGCAUUUCUUCGCGAGGGGGAGCUUCCUGUUCGGGCGGUGCGCCGUGCUGGCGACGGUGCUCGUCGUGUGGAUCUACGCCGAGAUCCUCACGGCGGCCGGCGCCUACAACGAGAGGUCCCUCGUGACGCAGUUCAGCUGCCGCGCCGACCGAUCGGGGCUCAUCCAUGGCGCACCCUGGGUCAGGUUCCCUUACCCGUUCCAGUGGGGGUACCCCAUCUUCUUCGCCGACGAUUGCUUCGUCAUGAUCGCUGCCUCUUUCGUCUCACUGAUCGAGUCUACGGGCACGUUGAUGGCGGUGACGAGAUAUGCAGGGGCAACGUUCUGCCCGCCUUCAGUUUUCGCUCGUGGAGUUGGCUGGCAGGGCAUAUCUACCAUUCUGGACGGGAUGUGUGGUACAUUGACAGGAUCAGUAGCUUCAGUUGAGAAUGCAGGUCUGUUGGCCUUGACGCGAGUCGGAAGCAGAAGGGUUAUAAAGAUCUCAGCCUUGUUCAUGAUCUUCUUCUCGCUGUUCGGGAAAUUUGGGGCAAUCAUUGCAUCAAUCCCAUUGCCAAUCUUCUCUGCACUGUACUGCGUUCUCUUCGCUUAUUCAGCUGCUGCAGGGCUCUGCUUCCUCCAGUACUGCAACCUCAACACACUGAGAACCAAGUUCAUCCUCAGCAUCUCCCUGUUCUUGGGCCUGUCCAUCCCACAGUACUUCAGGGAGUACGAGGUGUUCUACGUCUUCGGGCCAGUUCACACCCACUCACCCGCUUUCAAUGUCAUCGUCAACGUGAUCUUCUCCUCGCCUGCGACGGUGGCCGCCAUCCUCGCCUACCUCCUGGACUGCACGCACACCUACUGGGACGGCCCGGUGUGGAAGGACAGGGGCUUCCAUUGGUGGGAGAAGUUCAAGUCUUACAGGCAUGACCCGAGGAGCGAGGAGUUCUACUCUCUGCCGUAUGGCCUCAGCAAGUACUUCCCUUCGUUCUAGGCCAAAGGAUGGCGAGAGGUAGAAGACGAUGCAAUCAUCUGGAGCCUUUAGCUUCACUGCUGUGGCUGUUGCAUGCAAAGCAUUUUGGAUAUGAGAUGUUGUGGAUCUAAUGAAAUGAAACUUAGAAUUUUGGAUGGUA